CUCACUUGCAGUGUAGCGAUUUGAUGCGCCAUGCCAAGCGCUGUCACCAAAGGCCUCGGUUCCACCAGAGACCCGUUUCGGGGAGAUGGCGGCUCAUGGAUCCGGUCGCGGCGCCCAACACGAAAACACGACACCGUUGGCCUGGGCGACCCCAAAAGGAUCCCAAGCAGCCAGGAUCCCACAGGUGAUGGGGUAGGGGCAGCUAGCACAGCUGGCGCAGCUAGCGCAAACAGCCUCCUUGAGAGGCUUUGUACAGAGUACACGCAGCAUGUUGUCAUGCUGGAGGAGGAGAGGCAUUUUAUGUCGCUCAACAAGCGCCGCUAUCCGCGGAGAGAUGCCACGACCCAGCUUUUGCAUGGAGCCUGCGAGAAGCUGUUGCGGGACAAGGUUCUACUGGAAGAGAGACGGUAUGAGGAUCAUACAGCAGAGCCCCACCUCCUCUUCCAGCGCCUCGGAGUGGAUUUUCAACGGCGAACCUCGGAGAAGGCCAAUGGCCUCCUCCAAACUCUCCCGAAACGUCUUUCAGGUGUCCACCAGCGGGUCCGGCUGAGGCCGUCCUUGCGCUCCCUUUUCGGUUCCUGUUUUGGAGUCGAGGCUGAUUUCCCACACAAUUUGAGCUGCUGGAAUGAUGCACAGAACGUGUUUGUAUCUACCUAUGAGGUCUUGAGGGAAGGCAGCUUUACGAGUGUUGCGGUAUCUGAUCUUGUCCUCGGAGACAUCAUCUACUUGCAGCAGAGCCUCUCGGCGCCCUGUGACCUUCGAGUCCUGGCCGCCGGACACGAGGCCACGCUGAUCGAUGCGUCGCCCAGUAGCAUGGCUCCGUAUGAUGUGCGACACUGCACCACCCAAUCCACUGCUUCAGACCCCAAAGCCUCUAACAACAUCAUCCCGAAGGGCAGCUGGGUUCUUCAAGGAUCCCUACUGGGCAUCGUCCUUCGAGCUCCACAGGAGCUGCCCGAGCCUUCUCGACGCCUUCGACACAGCCUUCGAAGUUUGAGCUCAAAGGAAGACGAUUUCGUCUUGGACAUGUCUCUGCCGCCUGGCCUAAAGACCUCCACGUGCCAGCGCAGCUAUGCCAGUUUAUGUGCCAGAGCCAGUUGUGUUUGUCGGUCCUUCGCAGCAAUGAAUGACUUGGCUUCUGUUAAAACAGUUCUGGUUUUCCUCUCAGAGGAGCUCUAUGACAUAGCGGCCUUGAAGGACAUGCUGCGAGUCAUGCAGGAGUUGGGCAAGGCGGUUUUAAUUCUUGGCGACAGCGAGAUUUUGAAGCAUUGUGCGCAAGAGUGCAAGCUGCAAUUGAUCGACUUGCAAGGAUCACAGUCUUCUGCCAGCACUGGUGCCCCAAGUCCCAGUUUCGACUCCGCCUCCGUGAAUACGGCGGAAAGCCCUCACGGUGCUAUGCUUGCUCAGCGAACCAGCCCCGAAGAGGAAGGUUUGGUCGAGUUGGCCAAGUCUUGUAUCAAUACCCCAGCCUUCGGCGCCUGCAUUGACGGCAUCUCGGAGGCGACACAAGCAAGACUUUGUCAGCUGCUUGAAGAAGGAGGUGUGCUUUAUGCCUCUAGUCACAUCCAACCACAGUUUCUGAGGAGUGUGGCUUGCGCAACACAUCCACAUCGAAGGAUCUCCGAGGAGCUUUCCACAUGCUCCACGAUGACCACACGAAUAAGAUCUCAGAGCCAGGAGAAUCCAGUGGCACAUUGGCCCUCUGUCGUCACACAGGAGGCAUCGAUUGGACGCAGAGCAUCUUUAGCAUCCACCUCCACCAGUUUCGCCAAACAGGAGGUCGGAGCCGCCGGUCCUCGAGUCUUCGUGGUUUCGAUGAACGCCCAAGGUGUGCUUGCAGAGCUGGCGAGCGCCGUGGUCAGGAAGCCGGACCUGCGCUGCUUGGCCUUGGCUUUCCAGAUCCUUUCCAGAGAGGUGCUGGAUGGCAAGUGUUGAACCGCCUUGAAUGAAUGUGGGCUGGGUUGAAGACUUUGUCACCAUUCUCAAAUCCAUCUUCGCUUUCGGUAUUGAUUUCCGACCCAGUAUGUGACUUUGGAAAGGACCAUCGGAGAAGCAUUCUUUACACCCCAUUUGUCGGUGUACAGGGCAGGCAAUAAGACCUGCACCAAAGGCAGUUAGAGACCUGCUCCCUUGAGCCGCUCGUGGUGUGGAA